GCGGUGGUCGCUUCUUCAUCUCUCUCGGGAGUAGUACGCUUCGAAAACGAGCCGUGUCUUAACUACCGGCAACGAUACACACACACACACAAUCAAUCCGUCCGCCGCCUCCUCCUCUCCCUCUCCUCCCUCGCCAUGGCCACCGCGGAGCGAGCCCCGGAGCAGCUCGCCCCGCCGCCGCCGCCUCCCGAGCGCGCCAUGGGGUUCGCGGAGCGGGCCGUCGCGGCGGCCGGCGCCGCCGUCGUCUCCGCCGUCCUCGUCAACCCCCUCGACGUCGCCAAGACGAGACUACAGGCGCAAGCCGCUGGAGUUGUCUACAAUCCGAUAAACCAUCUGCAGCACCCAAUUCUGAUAAUAGUUACAUACUGGCAAGCAGAUGUAUUUCUGUCAGGGUGCUACCCAUGGUGUAACCCUGGUGGACUGAAGUUGAGUGGUUUAGGGCCAUCCUGCAGUCCUGAAUGCUUUCAGUACAGAGGAACAAUGGAUGUGUUCUCUAAGAUCAGUAGACAGGAAGGAUUUUUUAGACUAUGGAGAGGUACUGGUGCAAGUUUAGCGUUGGCGGUACCAACGGUUGGGAUAUAUCUGCCUUCUUAUGACCUGUUGCGCAAUUGGAUUGAGGAAUAUUCAGAUCGCAGUUAUCCCAAACUUAGGCCAUAUGCCCCUCUCAUUGCUGGAUCUAUUGCACGAUCAUUGGCAUGUAUAACUUGUUCCCCUAUUGAGCUGGCAAGAACACGUAUGCAGGCCUUCAAACAGUCAAGUGGUGGAGCGAAGCCCCCUGGAAUGUGGAAGACUAUGCUAGGCGUGCUAUCAUCGAGGCAAAGCAUCAGUCACCCUGAAAAUUUGCAAACAGCUCGGGGAUACCAUCUUCUAUGGACUGGUAUGGGAGCACAACUUGCACGUGAUGUCCCCUUUUCAGCUAUAUGUUGGAUGGUUCUUGAACCAACUAGAAGACACUUUUGGGGGUUAUUAAUUGGUGAGGAGAGCAAUGCAGCAGUUAUACUGGGGGCAAACUUCUCCGCAGGCUUCAUUGCUGGAGUCAUCUCUUCUGGUGCAACAUGCCCUCUUGAUGUCGCCAAGACACGCAGACAAAUAGAGAAGGAUCCUGCUAGGGUAUUAAACAUGAACACACGGCGCAUACUUCUUGAGGUUUGGAGGAAUGAAGGUAUCAAUGGCCUAUUCAGGGGCGCAGGCCCUCGCAUGGCACGAGCAGGACCUUCAGUGGGCAUUGUCGUCUCUUCGUAUGAAGUUGUCAAGCACAUCAUGCACAGAAAACAUGCAGAGCUAUGAGCUUUUAGAUUUAGUCGUAUGUAGAACACACGAGCCUUCUGAUCAAACCAACAGCGGAGCCUCCUUCUGAUCGAACGUGCCUUCACUCUCGUGAAAGCCGGUUUACAUUGCAUGCCUACCUUAUCAGAAGGGAGGUUUGAGUGUCUGUUGUAAUAAUAAAGGGUAGAAUGCCCAAAAUGUUGUAAUUUCUCGUUGCAAGAAGUUUUGGGCUAGUCCUGUCUCCUGUGUAUUUGUGAGAUUUUGCUAGGCGUUUGAGCAGCACGACCAGGACUAGAGUGAUGGGUUGAAAAACCGUAGAAAAGGCUGCACUGUCAAGUUCAUGCUCAAUGCUCUUUCUUCAGAACUGCGUCUUCACAGAGGCAACAGAUAAUUAAAAGUUCAUGCUCAA